AUGGCUAGUUGCUCCUUCGCUCGCGACCAAGCGACAAGGAGACUGCGAGCUGCAGCAGCGGCAACAGCGGCGGCUCUAGCUGCGGCGGCGACCACCCCGUUUCUUUCCUCGAGAACCCCCACCGCACUCAUUGGGACCGGGUCGUCUUGUCCGGGAGCCAUGUGGCUCUCCACGGCCACUGGCUCCCGGUCAGACUCGGAGUCCGACGAGGAGGACCUCCCCGUCGGGGACGAAGUCUGCAAACGCGGCUACCUGCGGAAGCAGAAGCAUGGGCACUGGCGCUACUUCGUGCUCAAACUCGAGACCGCCGACGCCCCAGCUCGGCUGGAAUACUACGAAAAUGCCAGGAAGUUCCGGCACAGUGUCCGCGCCGCGGCGGCUGCAGCGGCGGCGGCCGCCUCCGGCGCCACGGUCCCCGCACUCAUUGCACCGCGGCGCGUGAUCACCCUGUACCAGUGCUUCUCGGUGAGCCAGCGAGCCGACGCAAGGUACCCACACCUCAUCGCUCUUUUCACCCAAAACGAGUAUUUCGCAAUGGUGGCCGAGAAUGAGUCGGAGCAAGAAAGCUGGUACUUGCUGCUCAGCCGCCUCAUCCUCGAGAGUAAGCGGCGCCGCUGCGGCACGCUCGGCGCGCAGCCGGAGGGAGAGCCCGCCGCGCUAGCGGCUGCAGCGGCGGCGGAGCCACCCUUCUACAAAGAUGUGUGGCAGGUAAUAGUCAAACCCAGGGGGCUGGGGCACCGAAAAGAGCUGAGCGGCGUGUUCCGGCUCUGUCUUACCGACGAGGAGGUUCUGUUCGUGAGGUUAAAUACCGAAGUGGCCAGCGUGGUCGUCCAGCUCCUGAGCAUCCGUCGCUGUGGGCACUCGGAGCAGUAUUUCUUCUUGGAAGUCGGCAGGUCCACCGUCAUCGGUCCGGGGGAGCUCUGGAUGCAAGUGGAUGACUGUGUGGUGGCCCAAAACAUGCACGAGCUGUUUUUGGAGAAGAUGAGAGCCUUGUGUGCGGACGAGUACAGAGCCCGCUGCCGCAGCUACAGCAUCAGCAUCGGCGGCCACCUGUUAACCCUGCUGUCCACUAGGAGGCACCUGGACAUGCUGCCGCUCGAGCCCGGUGGCUGGCUCCGAAGGUCCCGCUUUGAGCAGUUUUGCCACCUUUGGGCCAUCGGUGACGACGGGGAAGACGAGAUGCUCCUCUCCAGGCGCUACAUAACACCCAAUGAGCCUGUGCCCCCCUCCAGACGAGGAAGACUACACCUGCCCAGAGGGCGCAGAUCCAGGAGAGCGACUUCAGUGCCAGCCAGCUUUUUCCGCCGCGCCGCACCCAGCCCUGUGCGCAUCCAGUGCCCUACAGAAGCCCUCCACGACCGAGAUCCCGUGUCUUCUGAAGCCUCUGGUUCUGGCUCUGGCAACUCGGGGGAAGAAGGCGGUCCUCAGGGCAAAGAGGAUCAGGAAGAAAACGAAGGUGACUAUAUGCCCAUGAACAACUGGGGCUCGGGAAAUGGCCGGGGCUCAGGAAGUGGACAGGGUUCAAGUGGGCAAGGCUCCAGUAGCCAAAGCUCCGGGGGAAGUCAGUGCUCAGGCAGGGGGCAUGGCUCCGGAGGUGGUCAGGGUUCAAGUGGCAGCCAUGGCUCAAGUGGCAGAGGCUCUGGGGAGCAGAGUGCAGGAGGAAACCAGUGCUCGGGAGACGGCCAGGGUACCGCUGGGCAUGGCUCAGGCAGUGGCCAGGGAGCUGGAGGUGGGCACGGCUCAGGCCGUGGCCAGGGGCCCGGAGAUGGCCACGGCUCAGGCGGUGGCAAGAACUCGGGAGGGGGCAAAGGCUCGGGGAGUGGGAAGGGCCCCGAAGGCAAUGGUGAUCGUGGGAAAUCUCUGAAGAAAAGAUCCUACUUUGGCAAAUUAACUCAAAGCAAGCAACAGCAAAUGCCGCCACCUCCGCCACCUCCACCCCCACCAGGUGCAGCAACUGGUGGCAAAGGGAAGUCUGGGGGAAGGUUCCGACUUUAUUUUUGUGCAGACAGAGGGGCCACAAAAGAACGUAAAGAAGCCAAAGAAGUGAAAGACACGGAGCCCCCAGAAGGUGCAGCUCGGGGUCCCCACAGAGCCAGAGCUUUUGAUGAAGACGAGGAUGAUCCCUAUGUGCCAAUGAGGCCAGGUGUGGCUGCUCCUCUCGCAAGCUCCAGUGACUACAUGCCCAUGGCUCCUCAAAAUGUCUCUGUGUCCAAAAAGCGUCACUCUCGAUCACCUUUCGAAGAUUCGAGAGGGUACAUGAUGAUGUUUCCCAGAGUGAGCCCACCACCUGUGCCAAGUCCUCCAAAAGCACCUGAUCCUGCUAAAGAGGAUGACUCAAAGGACAAUGACAGUGAUAGUGACUACAUGUUCAUGGCUCCUGGAGCUGGCGCCAUUCCCAAAAACCCCAGAAAUCCUCAGGGAGGCGCUUCCUCCAAAAGUUGGAGCUCCUACUUCUCUCUGCCAAAUCCUUUUCGGAGCUCCCCAUUGGGACAGAGUGACCACAGUGAGUAUGUACCGAUGUUACCUGGAAAAUUCCUAGGAAAGGGCCUAGAGAAGGAAGUCUCAUCUAACAGAGGCCCCAAAGAUACAGCUUCAAAGCCUUCAGUUGAAGGGUCGUUCUCAAAGCCUAGAGAUGGGGGAUCACCUCCCAAGCGUUCAGGUGAUGGGCCCCCCAAGAACAAGGCUAAGAGACCUAAUAGACUUCCUUUUAUGACCAAAGGAAACAAAGUCAAGCCAAAACCACAAAAGCCCACACAGGAGCAGAGAGAAGCCGACAGCCCUGGGGGCUACGUCAACACUGACUUCCCUAAGAGAGGUUAUAAUAUGCCAGAUCCAUGUCUUCAAAGACUUCCAGGUGUGUGGGGCAUAAUUGCCGACCCCAGACAGUUGGCCUUUUCCAAUUAUGUGAAUGUUGAGUUCGGAGUGCCAUUUCCAAAUCCAGCAGACAACCUCUCAGAUCUCUUCAGAGCUAUCCCAGGUGCCAAUCCCUUCUUUCUGGAAGGUGCUACAGGGAGCAGUGCUAAUAGGGAAGAAGGUGACUACAUCGAAGUGAUUUUCAACCCGGCGAUGACACCAGCUGUGCCUUUUGCUGACAGUGCCAUUCGCUACGAUGCCGAAACUGGUCGCAUCUACGUGGUCGACCCAUUUUGUGAGUGCUGUAUGAACAUUUCUCUCUCCCCCAGCCGCUGCUGCGAACGACCACCUGUAGCGAGGCUGCUGCUGCGGGAAGAGCUAGAGCGAAGGCGCCCACAAAGCCGUUCGCAAAGUUUCUUUGCAGCCGCCAGAGCCGCCAUCUCGGCUUUCCCGACCGACAGCCUCGAGAGAGACCUAUCCGCCUCCUUCGCCGCGGCCGCGGCCGCCGUGCCAACCUUAGCCGUGGGCCGGGCUUUAGCCGCCGCCUCCGCUUUGGUCGCAGCUCCCGGCAUCGGCGCAGCCGCCGCCGGCCUCGAGGCCGCCGCUGGAUUUGACUCCGCCUCCGUCCGCUGGUUCCUACCUGUUGCCGAUGCUGCUGGUGCCGCGGUCAGGGGGGCCCAAGACGUUGCGGGUGGCUCGAACCCCAGAGCCCCAAACCCAUCAGCAGACCUGGCCGGAGGUGAGAACCGAGCCGGUGGGGCUGCCGCUGCAGCCGCCGCUCCGCCUCCAUCACCUGGCCGCGGCCGGGUGCCCAGACCCCCAGAGCGAGAAGAUUCUGACGACGACGACACGUACGUGAGAAUGGACUUUGCAAGACGUGACAACGGGAAGUUCGACUCUCCCCAAAGAGAGUGAUUACAUUGCCACAAAAAAUUUAGAAGAAACGUGAUGCUUAUGGAAUUUCAUCUUUGUCUACUCCAGAUCUGCCUAAAAGAGAAUUCACAGGCUUCUGAAUAGAAAGCAACCUGAAUUUC